ACAGGUGGGCACCGACCUCACGGACAUCGUGGCCCAGAGGAAGAUCACCGUCCGGGAACUGGGGGGCUGCAUGGGCCCCAUCUGGCCCAGCUACUACGGGGACUGCCGCUCUGUCCUGUUCGUGGUGGAUGCCUCGAACCCUGCCCAGCUCUCCGCAUCCAGCGCGCAGCUUCUGGGUCUCCUGGCGGCGGAGCGGCUUGCGGGCGCCUCCGUGCUGAUCCUCUUCAAUAAGAUCAGUGACCUGCCUUGCUACAUGACUGUCGAGGAGAUGAAGUCGCUGCUCCGACUCCCAGACAUCGUUGCGCACGCCUCGCAAAAUAUCAGCACAGCAGAAAUCAGUGCCCGGGAUGGCACAGGCCUGUCGGGGGUGCUGCACUGGCUCCAGGGCCCCGGCAGGACCCACGCCUCACACCGCGGGGUCACUCAUGCGUCGGGCAGUGGACAGCACUGCUGGCCUCCAGCAGUUGUUACGAGCACAGGAGCCGGUGUGGGCCCUGGAAGAGGCUUCUGAGCUGUGGCAGUGACAGGUAAACUGAGCAGGCAGAUGGAGAAUGUACACUGCUGAGGGGAGCCGCA